CCAUGCAAAUAUCCCAUUUUAUACGUACGUAGAGUUUACCAAAAACUAAUUUGCUAAAGAAAUUGUUUUUAAAUAAAAAGCUUCGCUACAAAUCAAAACACACUUCGUCGAUCUAAUGAUAGAUUGGGAUCGGUGGCUGGUGAAGUGGCAUAUAGAGUUUUGGGGGAGGCAAUGGAACUUUGUCGAUAUCGCCACUUUGGCUGGCCUUUCCUAUUUGCAUUACCUUGCUCUUCUAGCACCGUUUCAUUUCAACUGGACUGCGUUUUGGCUGGCCGUCGCACUUUAUUUUAUCACAGGUGUGGGUGUAACCCUAUCGUUCCAUAGGAACCUUUCACACCGGAGUUUUAUUCUUCCAAAGUGGCUUGAAUACUUCUUUGCUUAUUGUGGGGUUCUUUCACUUCAGAGAAGUCCACUUGAGUGGGUGAGCAUCCACAGAGCUCACCAUCAAUUUACUGACACGUUGAAAGACCCCCAUAGCCCUAUUAAGGGAUUCUGGUUCAGUCAUAUUGGUUGGGCCAUUGAUUAUCGUAAUCGGUUUGGAAGUUAUGAAGCUAGAUUAAAGAACGUUGGAGACUUAAAAAGCCAACCAUACUAUAGGUUUCUUCAUUAUACGUACCCCCUUCAUUCAAUUGCUCUUGGAGUUGUAUUGUAUGCUAUAGGAGGAAUGCCCUUUUUAGUUUGGGGAAUGGGCGUGAGGACGGUAAUUUUUCUCCACGCUAUAUUUGGAUUAAAUUCGGUUUGCCACACAUGGGGGCAAGCAGUAUGGGACAGUGGUGAUUUGUCUAAAAACAACUGGAUCUUAGGAUUGCUGACACAUGGAGAAGGUUGGCACAAUAAUCACCAUGCAUUUGAGUUCUCAGCUCGGCAUGGAUUUGAAUGGUGGCAAAUUGAUGUUACUUGGUACGUGAUCAGAUUUCUUCAAGCUGUUGCUUUGGCUACAGACGUAAAACUUCCGACUGAGACUCAAAAGAAAAGAAGAGCUUUAUCCAAUAAAAUCAAUCAGGCUUGAAGGAAAAGUAGAAAAUGGAAUGAUUGAUAUUAUAUACUUCUGGGUUUUAUACAAUAAUUAGUUCAAAGAUUACUCCGCCCAUCUGUGAGAAAUGUGAAGAUACUGUAAUAUUGUAUCUCCAAGACUCCAUCUAUGUCAUGUCAUGAUUCUAUGGAUAAAUUCAGAAGUGUUUAGGUAGUAAAAAAAAUGUAUGAAAUUUAUACAUAUACACAUGUAUAUAAGUAGUUCUGCUUGUUAUAUUUCGUCAAGAUUGUAUUUGAAUUUUUCACCA